CAACUGUCCUGCUUUCAUCAAGGGCUCUAUUCAAGUAAAAACUAUUUUGAUCCCUAUUCUACGCGGCCGUAAGUUAGUCGAGCAAAUCGCGCCCCCACGUGGUCGUCGUAGGCACGCGUCGCGUGUUCACACUGCGCAUGCGCCCGCGAUACAUCCGGCCGGUCCCUAUCAAUCGAUCAGAGAGAGGAAGAUGGCGGUGGACGGAGUCAACGGGGGAGGAUCGAUCGCCGAAAAACUCGAUUGGGUCUGUUUUUCCUAACCGAGCCAAACACUCGGUAUCACCGCCCGAGCAUCGGUUUGAACCCGGAGUGAAGAAGCGAUAACACAGAGAGCAGCCGGCCUCUUGCAGCCCUCCUGGGGGGCUCUGGGACGAUGGAGUUCCCGUGGCACAGCGGGAAGGUUCUGGAGCAGCUGAACCGCCAGCGCAGACAGGGCAUGCUGUGUGACUGCACCUUCGUGGUGGACGGGGUGGACUUCAAGGCGCACAAAGCCGUGCUGGCGGCCUGCAGUGUCUACUUCCGCACCCUGUUCCUGGACCAGACAGACGUGGUGCACCUGGACAUCAGCAAUGCAGCGGGUUUGGGGCAGGUCUUGGAGUUCAUGUACACAGCCAAGCUGACUUUAAGUCCACAGAACGUGGAAGACGUGCUUGCAGUUGCUAACUUUCUACAGAUGCAAGAAAUUGUAAACGCCUGCUCUGCGUACCAGUCGAUGGCAAAUCCUGCUCCGUCCCUCAUAACCCUGGAUUUUGCCGUUGAGGAGAAACGCGAAGAAGGCGAGCAGAGGGAGGAACUGGAGAGAGACCUGGCAGAGGGGGCAUCUCAAGCAGAGGAAAGUCCCUGCGCUCCCACGCAAGAUAAAAAACCCACACAAAAUGAUGAAAAUAUUGAGGAAGACGUCUCCACCGAGAAACAACAGACGGUUUCUUCUCCCAGCCCGACCAGAACCCAAUCGGACCGAGGACGAGUCCGCAAAACCGCCCCCCUUCCUCAAAAGAAGAUCUCUGUGAAGAAGGAGGAGGAAAGUGCUGCAGAAGAUCCACCCGUAUCUGACCCAUCUGAUGCUGACCACAUCCCCAAAUCACCGCUGAAAUCUGCCUGCUCGUCAUACAUGAGCUCUCGGGGGAGACGAAUCAGAAAACCGCCUCACCGAAACUUCCCACCUGGUGAGCAGGACAAUGACUCUGAGGAAGAAGCCCCACCAAAGACCCAAACUCAGAAGAGGGCGGCAGAACUAGCCUGUGAACCGGAGGAGGACGCUGAGGAGACCGGGGACGGGGAAGCCGACGACGAAGAGGGGUCGGGAGAGGAAGGUGACGAUGACGAUGUUGAAGGGGUCAAUUCGGGCAGCGAGAGGGAAGGGGGACAAAAUCAGUCAGCGUCCAUGAGCAGCCGAUCCGAGUCAAAGCUUUACAGCUCUGUGACACACAAAUGCGAGGACUGCGGCAAGAAAUUCACCCACACUGGCAAUUUUAAGAGACACAUGCGCAUUCAUACAGGAGAGAAGCCGUUCAGCUGUCGCGACUGCAGCAAAGCUUUCUCCGACCCCGCGGCCUGUAAAGCCCACGAGAAGACACACAGCCCUCUGAAGCCGUACUGCUGCUCGACCUGCGGGAAGAGCUACCGCCAGAUCAGCCUGCUCAACCUGCACCGCAAGCGGCACACGGGCGAAGCGCGGUACAGCUGCGAAAUGUGCGGCAAGCUCUUCACCACGUCUGGCAACCUGAAGCGCCACCAGCUGGUGCACAGCGGCGAGAAGCCGUACCACUGCGACUACUGCGAUAAGUCCUUCUCCGACCCCACCGCCAAGAUGCGACAUCUGGAGACGCACAACACGGAGAAGGGCAACAAGUGUUCAUACUGUGACAAGCGCUUCAACCAGCCGGGAAAUCUGAAGGCUCACUUAAAGAUUCAUAUUACCGACGGGCCUCUCAAGUGCAAAGAAUGUGGCAAACAAUUUACGACUUCAGGAAAUCUGAAGAGACACCUGCGAGUUCACAGUGGGGAGAAACCAUACGUCUGUAUGCACUGCCAGAGAGCUUUCAGUGACCCUGGCGCUCUGCAGCGGCAUGAACGCAUUCACACAGGAGAGAAGCCCUGCGUCUGUGUUAUCUGUGGCAAGGCCUUCACGCAGGCCAGCUCGCUCAUCGCUCACGUCCGACAGCACACAGGAGAGAAGCCCUACGUGUGUGAUCGCUGUGGCAAAAGGUUUGUGCAGUCCAGUCAACUGGCCAAUCACAUCCGGCACCACGACAAUGUCCGGCCGCACAAGUGUCAGAUGUGCAACAAGGCAUUUGUUAAUGUGGGAGACCUGUCGAAGCACAUCAUCAUUCACACAGGGGAGAAACCUUUCCUGUGUGAUAAAUGCGGCAGAGGCUUCAACCGGGUGGACAACCUGCGCUCCCACGUUAAGACCGUCCACCAAGGCAAGGCCGGCAUGAAGCGGCUGGUGAUGGGCGGGGGCAGCGCGGAUGAGGGGGGCGACGGGUCUGCGGGGGCGUGCCCCUCUGACAACGAGAUCAACAUAGUCACCGUCACCACGGAGGACAUCGUCACCCUGGCAACUGAGGCCCUGGCAGCCAGUGCGGUCGCUCAGCUGACAGUUGUUCCAGUGUCUGCAGAUGAGACGGAGGCUUUGAAAGCUGAAAUAACCAAGGCGGUAGAGAGAGUGCAUGAAGCAGACCCCAACACCCAGAUUUUGUAUGCUUGUGAUUCAUGUGGUGACAAAUUCCUGGACGCCAGUUCCCUGGCCCAGCACGUACGCAUCCACACCGCUCAGGCACUGGUCAUGUUUCAGGCAGAUUCUGACUUCUACCAAUACACCACAGCCACCACUGCUGAGGGGGAAUCUGCAACAGCAUGGCAAGCCACAGCUGAACAUGUCAUCCAGGAAGGAGAUCUGAUUUUCCGAGCCCAGGAGGGAGAGGGAGAAGGAGAGGCAGAGGGGGAGAUGGUGGGGGAGACGCACAGCGAAGAGACUGGAGAGGUGAUUCCUGAGGGGGAGAGGGAAGAUGAAGAGGUGGAAACUCCCAUCGAGAUCCACACGGAAGGAAAAGAUGAAGAUGCAGCAGAGGCAGAAGACGAAAAACAAGAAGAGAUGGAAUGUGAGAGUCAGGCUUAGUGGGGCAGGAGAAGGAAAUAUGAAGACAUUAAUUGAGUUUAAUAAGGCCUCUGAGUCUCAACAUGCCGUGCUAUGAAUCUAAACUGGCUUCACAACGUACAACACUUUGUACACAAUUUUAUCUUUGAAUGUAUGGUCAAAAAUGUGUUUUGCAGUCCUAAUUUCAGAGGGUCCAGUGAUAAGAUAAAAAAUGUUGAUACUCUUCCUGAGAUGUUUAUACUAAGUUGUAUAGUAUGUUUAUUUUUAGAAUGAAACGCAGGAUUAUCCUGUCUUUCCAUUAGAGAAAGUCCUAGUGUUAUUUUUCCAUUUCACCCAGAAGAGAGAUGUACAUUUCCCUUUAAUAGUAAAAAAUAUUUUAUUGUGCUUACUUAGUUUUAUUGUACUGAGUAUUGUAAUUCACAUAAUAUAGAGAUUAUCCACAUGAACAUGUCAGCAGAUUUAAGAUUGAGAUGGGCGUAAAUUCACUCCUCUUUCCAGAAGUUGGAUGAUGUCAUGAAUCAAACACUGUAAAUGCUGUGUGUGUGUGUAAUAUUUCUAUAUGUGUUAUAUGUUCUUGCAACUAGGUCUUAAAUGAAUUGCUUAAAGAGAAAGGAAUAAAUAUAAAUGCAGAUGACAGCCUGGUCGAGAACUCUCACAUUGAUAGAAGGACAGUUGUUUUUCUUGUUUUGCAGUAAACUGAUCAUAAUAGUGUGAAGAUUGUUCCCUGAAACCAAUGGUUUCAUGUCAUUAUGUUGUCUGCUUAUAUCAUCACCUGUAAGGCUCACUGGUAGUCAUCAUCUCAUCAAUAAAGUGUCUGCAGUCUGACGCA